GCCUUUGAUUCGUUUUGGAAAUAUUCUUGUUGAUUGCCAAAGUGGCUUGUCGAGGUGUUAAUUCUAACUUGUAAAAUAUGUCUUCAAAAAACUCCAAAGAUGCCGGUGACAGCAAACCCAUCAAAGUUAAUAAAUGGGAUGGAGCAGCAGUGAAAAAUGCGUUAGAUGAUGCAGUCAAAGAGGUUUUGACAAAGAAGUUCAACUACGUAGAGAACUUUGCACUGAUGGAUGGCAGGCUGGUCUUGUGUGGUUUGGCCGUCUCCGUUGCCAUGUUCGCUCUCCUCUGGGACUGGCUUUACCCCUUCCCCAUGUCUAGACCAGUCCUGAUUAUCUGCGUCAGUUUAUACUUCAUCAUCAUGGGAUUGCUCACAUUGUACACUACUUACAAGGAGAAGGGAAUCUUCGUUGUAUCAAUCCAGAAAGAUCCAACUGGAUUUUCACCUGAUAAAACGUGGGAAGCAAGCUCAUACUUAAAAAAGUACGAUGACAAGUAUAACCUGGUUCUGACUUGUCGAGACAGCAAGACGGGGACAAUCAGAGAAGCUUCAAUGACCAAGUCAGUGGCGUGCUUCAUCGAUGACAACGGAGUCAUCGUUUAUGACCUAAUUGAGCCAGAAGUCAGUAAACUGCACAACAGUAUUUCCCAAGAAAGAAAAGACAAAUAAAGUAUUAUAGAAUAGGAAUUGGUGUAUUUUCUUUGAAAAAGUGGCAAAUGCAUUUGUGAUUAAAAAGACAAUGGUGUGAUUUUUAAGUUUGUAUCGGGCUCACCUAUGUCUUAAAUAUCACCUUUUACCGUGUAGCUUGACUGGUAAGCGUUUCCCUUUUUUCAAGGUUGGUUUUUAUACUACAACUGAUCUGAAGAUUUAGUUUUGUAUGAUUAUCUUUAGUUUAAUUAAAUAAUAAGUUUAUUGGUUAAA